AGAACUACGCUUUAUAGCAUGCUAUGCAAACCAAUAUAAAGCAAUGAGUUCCAUUCAGUAAAGCUCAUUAGAGAACCCUGGUUCCAUCGACCAGCAUCAUUUCGUCAGUUCUACAGCAAUACAUUUCGCAAAUGGGGAUAUAUUUUAGAACUUGUGAAAAUACAAUGCAUAGCAGUAGUAACAAACUUUGAACGCCUAAACUAGGAGGAUUCGUAAAUGUAAAAUCCAAAGUUAAUCAUUUAUUUUUCAAUAAUACCGAGAAGAUGAUCAUAGACAUGCGUGAGAUGUCCCAGCGUUGGAGUUAGGUUAUAUAGUCAUUGAGUACUUAUCUACUCGCCGUUCUUCCUCUGGAACUUAGGAUAUAUACAUUUUGGGAACAUUUGUCAGAAAACGUGUCCCUUUAACUUUACUGCAUAUGGAGACUGUUGCGAACCACAGCGGGCAAGAAGAGUUGAUCGACAGUUCACUCCAUAACAGCAGCAACAUUAAUAAUAAUCAUCCCCUUGGCAACAUGCCAAACAUCACCACAAAUAACAACAACAAUAUGACAACCAGUGAAAACCAUCCAUCAUUUGGAAACACAGGGAGUGACAUUAAUGCGAAUGACAGUUCUAAAUGCUGUGCGGGUUGUGGGAGCCCGAUCCAGGAACGAUAUCUCCUGCAUUCUAUGGAGAGGUACUGGCACAUCCGUUGCCUAAAGUGCUCUUGUUGCCAGGCACCACUGGGGGAUCUCGGCCAAACGUGCUUUUCAAAGGCUGGGAUGAUUUUGUGUAAAAAUGAUUAUUUAAGAUUAUUUGGCACUAGUGGAACAUGCAGCGCAUGCGCACUCGCCAUACCUGCCAGUGAAUUCGUGAUGCGUGCGCAGUCUAACGUUUAUCACCUAAAGUGUUUCCAGUGUAUCACGUGCCAUAAACAACUUGUCAUGGGUGAUAGAUUUGGUCUAGUGAACAACAAUCUAGUGUGCGAACAAGACUAUUCCAAAUAUACAAAAAGUGGCAGUUCAUCAACAAACUCUAGGGGACAACACAAAAUGACUGUAAUGUAAAGAAAUGACUUAUUUUGUGACCCAAAUUUGGGUAAAGGCGGAGCUCAAAAGUGGUUAGAAAUCGGAGGUUACAAAUAUGUGAUGCUUAAGUCACAAAUCAAUGGAUUCAACUGAUGUGCGUCAAUAAUAGUACAAAUAUGAAUCACCGAACAAAGCUUUCAUACAACAGCCGAUUUGCAGACUUCAAACUCCAGGAAGAAUUACGGAACUCGCCUAUUUCUUUGUGAUCUGAGGUGUUUUCUAUUACGAUUUAUUGCAAAAAUAAGUAUGACAAUAGCAGCAGUCCCUGGUCAUUCCUUCCCUCGUCUAACUCUUUUAUAGAAAUAAAAUGGGGUUGGGCAACACAUAGGGUUUGAUUGCUAGACGGAAAGUCAGGAUUUGUAGACAUUAAUUCGGUCAACUGGACAAAAAUCUUGUUUUUCUCACUUUCCAAAUACCCUGCGUGCAGAGUCUAGUUAAACUAGACGAAGCUCUAUUUUAAGAAGUGAAGUCAAACGAAUGCAAAGGGAUACCCCAAAAUAAAGGACCAUGCUAUGUAUGAUCGACAAAUAAAGAAAUGGGAGUUCUUAUAUAAUUAUAUGUGCAAGAUCGACCAUUAUUGUUGAGCUUUGAUAAUUGUUCUUUAUCGUGUUGAAAAACUUCAGCCUAACAUUUUUUGAAUGAACGUUUUCUGAGAAAAGUAGUAAGAACAAUAUGUAGCUAACGAAGUACAGAAAAAUUCUUUUCCAAAUUUUUAUCUGCACUAUACCAAUAGCCAUCCCAUGGCUCACCGAAAGCACCAUUUUUGAUUUAUACAGGGUGGUAAAAACGGAAACCCUUACGCCAUUUUCCUCAUAUCUUUGUCAUUAAGAAAUAACUCCCUGAUAUUUUACACAUUUGU